AUGCAACAACACACCACGGCCACGCCGCUUGUGCCAUUUCCUUACACUGCCUCGCUGCGUCGUGUGUUGUUGCUUCCACGCCACGCCAGAUACACCAUUCUUAGAUUCUUUUUUGUUAUUUUAUUCCAUUCAUUAGUUAUUUAAAUUAUUUGCAAUUAUACGGUCGGUAGAUGCUUAAUACAAAACAGUGGAUGAAAAUUAAAGGUAUCUAAAAGCUUUAAGGAGGGUGAAGAGAUUUGAUUUUGCGACGACUAUCAAAUGAGAUCAGUUUUGUUUGAGGUCUGAAACGAAAUGCCAGAAACUUCUUCAAUGCAUCGAUGCUCAGCUUAUCUGAACGCGCUUACUCAAGAAAUCGAGAAGAAGCUUCAGCGGGCCCUGGCUUCUUCUUCGCAGAGACGCAACUUGUUGCAAGAGUUGUUUGCUGAUGUGGCUUUAGAAAUUGAUGAUCGAGCCAGAGAUAUAAUUCUCAGCAAGGAAGAAGGUAUAACUUUUCCUGUUGUGAAUGAUCUUGAUGGUCAACUAUGCUUUUAUGAUGUCCUUGCUGAUUAUUAUGUUCGGGUGCCUGAGAGUGGAAACCAAAUCCUUGAUUUGAUUGUCCAGCUGUGGAGCCAGUCAUUUGCGUCACAUAUUUUUGCUCUCUUGUUCCACAAACAGCUAUUUGAAGUUCAGUUUAAUAAUAAUGAAGUACUCUUACGAUACUCAUCUGCUCUUGUUCAAGGUGCUACAAAUGUUUUCUGGAUUGACAUCCAGUCAAACACAAGGCGCUUCCAAACUCUUUUUCGGUAUCUUCUUGAGGAAGUUGCAUUGGAGCCCAAGCGAAUAAAUAAAAUCCCUGGUCAGGCCCAGCGCGAUCUGUAUCUUCUACUUUCAAGGUUUAUAUUUUUUUACAACUCAGUUGAUAAACUUGAAAGCUUCUUAAAGCAUUUUCCUGUUUUUCCAAACGCAUUUUUGGUUGGCACUCCAGCUGACUUCUUUGUUAUUGAACUAGCAGAUCAGCUUCAGAAGUUGAAGGUGGAGCCAGUUCUGUUGCAUUACCUUUCACAAAUUAAAGUUCUUCAAGGGAUGGAACUUAGAAUGGCCACGAGCACAAGGUUAAAGACAUGUUUGUAUAGCUUCACUUCUCCCGGUGGUCCUAUGUAUCCUACAAGGGCUGUUCGUCAUGCAGCCUGGGAUGCUUUGGACUUUCUCUACCCUGUUGGGCAGUACCCUCGGCAUCUGAUUAGUCUGUUUUUUCGACUUCUAUAUCCAUGGUACUGGCCCUCUUCGUGUUGGAACUUUACAAUUUCUUGCAUAAAGGCUGUAGUAUAUACCGUGUUGAGGUUGGUCUUUUCCAGUUGGGAGAAGGUGAGGGAGCUAAAGAAUUCAUAGAUGCUGUUAUGGAAUGGGUUUCGUAUAUGGUUUAAACUACACAGUUAAAAUAUCAAAAAAUAUUAGGUGUUUGGCGUUAGGACUGUGUAAUGUGUGUUGUAUAUGGGUUUUUUUUUUUUUUUAAUUUUUCUUUUUAAGGAUUGUCUUUGUUAUGCUUCACCCCAUUCAUUUUAAUCUUCAAGGGGUGUAGGUAAUACUGUUUCUUGUAAUUAUAAGACAUUUCUUUGAUAUAACUAAUGUUCUUUUUGGCUCUA